AUGUACAACCACCUCUACAGCAGCAAGGAGAGCAAGAGGUUCAGCAGCGUGCGCUACAACGGGCUGGAACUCUCGGACAGCUGUUCAGCGUGGGUUAACAGCCUGCACUACUUCUGGCAGAUCUGUACAUUGGUCUUGGUCGUCCUGGACACAGUGCUGAUUCCGCUGACGCUGGCUUGGCCGGAUGUUUCAGAGGGGACCAGCCCUGCUGCCCUCUACUUCGAGGUGGGCCCCUACCUUUGGAGUUUUGACAUUUGCAUGUCCUUCGUCCCGAGCAUCAUGCAGAAGUCCCUAUGGAGCGCUGUCAUCUACCUCUGCACGAGAUUUCCUCUGGAUGCCGGGCUGGUUACCUUGGACAUGGUCCUGUUGCUGGAGCUCGUGGAGAAGAGGUUCCGCGUCUUCUCCCUGGUGCGCCUGAUGCGGAUCCUGAAGUUCCGCGGGGUGAUGGUCUCCUUGGAGAAUCGCCUUGCCGCAAAGGGGAACAUGAAGUUCGUCUUGUACCUGACGAUCUUCCAAUGCAUCGCACAAGUGCUCGCUGUAAACCACGUCCUUGCGUGCCUCCUCUUCUACGUGGGGGUCUUCUCCAAGGAGCAGGAGCUCACAAACUGGAUCGAUACCUAUGGAGUUGGCAAUUACGAAUUCAGCCUCCAGUAUAUGCAGUGCUUCAACUGGGCCAUUGCGCAGUACACUCCAGCUCCUUUCCCAUACCAGCCUCAGAACGAGUUUGAGCAAGCCGUCGUCAUUGUGGUGAUUCUCACCUGCCUACCUCUGCUGGGAGCGCAGAUAGGAAAGAUUGGUGGUACCCUGAACUUGCUGAAAGAGAAAGCCAAGGAGAGAGAUACGGUGCGAAGGGAUCUUCAGCGCUGGCUCUUCAAGACCAACGCCCCGGAGAAGCUCACAAGGAAGCUGCUGGACUCCCUGACGGAUGUGCUGGAAUCCAAAGACUCUCCGAUGGAUCUCAAGGAGCCCAUCGCCCUGAAGUUCCUUCCGAGCACUCUUCUGGAAGAGCUCCACAUCGUGAAGAUUGGCCAGAAGUUGGAGAAGCACCAGUUCUUCCAUCUGCUCAUGGAUGAGCGUGUGGGCAUCUCCGGCCGGCUGAGUGCAGCCUUCCGAACCGUGAACUGCGUGCAGGGCGAAGACAUCUUCCACCAGGGAAAGCGGGCCGCAGGCCUCUUCAUCACCUUGGGGGGGCAGUUCCUCAUGCAUCUGCAGAAAUCGGCCUCCCGCUUGCAGCUAUUGGCUCCGGAGACUGCUCCGGGCCGGUUUGCCUGGGGGCCGCAGGAUGUCUCUAUGGGGCACCGCCACAGCCACAACUCCCUGGAUGGAGGGCUCGGCAUCUUGCCGGACGAGUGGAUUGCCGAGCUGUGCCUCUAUGCCAAUAUGACCCAUUCGGCUUUCUUGACGGCGAAAACCUACUCGAAGGUGCUCUUGGCACCGGCUGCUGAGUUUGUGAAGGCGAUCCAGGAGUCGCCUGGGUCCGUGGUCGCGGUGCACGAGUAUGCGCUGAAGAUGCUCAGCUCCUACUCGCAGAAUCGAGAAGCUGUCUCGACAUGGGAGAUGCUGCGACCGCAGCUCACCGAAGAUAGCACCCAGACAUUGGAAUCGAUCUGGAUCGACAGUGUAACGUACAUUGAGUGUUCCGAGUUGGGAGAUCUGCUGAAUCCGGGAAUGGGCCGCAUGAACGGCUUCAAGUCUUCGGAGGUGACGAGCUUCGCGAAUUUGGUGGAGGACCUCCUCCAACCGGGUCUGGACAACACCGAGUUGGUCCAGCUCAUGAAAAGAAAGUUCCCGGAGCUGCGCGAUGAGGGCGGCAUCUACGCUCUUCUGCACUUGGAGGAUGAGAUCGAGAGGGCCGUGCUUUCCAUGCUCAGCGUCAUUUGGCUUCUGAAGGACGAUUACAAGUCCAUGGUCGACUGCCAGAAGCCGCAGGCUCGCCUCUCCGAGAAGACCUUCGGAUCCAUCCAGGAUUUUCUGGGCGCCAAGCGCAUGACCAGCCAUCAGCUCACGGCCGCCUUGAUCAUCCUCGCGCUCCGCGGCCUCAGCAAGAGCGAGGACUUCGCCAAGCUCUGCCCACCCUCGGAGCGCCGCACCCCCGAGCAGGUGCUGAGCUAUGCGAUCAGCAACUUGGAUGCCUACCUUCCCUCCAUGGCCUGCCUCCGUGGAGAAGCGUACGACUUCGUGGUCAGCACGGUUCGGAUGCUCGACCAGUUCAACUUUGCGCAGUUGCUUCAGGGCGAAAACAAUCCACAUUCCGUGUGGCAGCUUCAAUGCAGCCUUCAAGAAGAGGGAGUCGAAGUGUUCCAGAUCUAUUUGUUCGUCCAAGUCAGCAUCCUGUGUGGCGUUACCGGUGCCAUCACACUCCGUGGUUCCAUGUUCCUCAGCGAGCUCAACGGGCGCUCCGUUCUCAAGGGCCUGGCUUGCUUGCAGCAUGUUUCCGAGGAGCAGCCGCAAGCCGUCUAUUGGCGGUACAUCGCGAGCCGUGCGGAGGCGCUGCAGCUGGUGGUGCAGAACCCCAGCCACCUGGUGCUCGCCCGCCUCGCCUGUCUCACGCGAACGGUGGAACCGAAAGCCCUGCAGUCCUUGGCGGCGGACUGGGAUGGGUUGACGGAGCUGGAGCAGGACGCUCUCUACCAGGUCUUUUUGACAGACGGCCUCUAUCAGAAGGCAUUCAUCUUCCUCUACCUUCCUUUGUUCCUUACCAAUGCAGUGGCCAAUCAAGACCUGGGCCUUCGACGAGGAUUGCAGUUCCUUGUCGAGCUCUACACCAAGCUUGUGAAUCAUCGCUGCCUGAACCAAGAGGCUUUUACCGUCAAGGUCGACAUAUCCUCACUCGCAGCCCUUGCGAAAGAGAUAGAUGACGUCCGAUUGUUGAGGAAAUGCCUCGAUUACGCUCGCAUCGUGAAGCACGCCCACGGAGUGACCGUGCUGCUUACUGCUGAGAGCUACCAGAUCCUCUCAGGCCAGCUCGUAGCAGAAGACCGCAGCGCCGAACUGUUGGAGCGUCUCUCCGCCCAGCAGCGCAUGCUGGCAGAGGCCCUGAUGCCCGUUGCCAAGGAGCCUGCCCUGACCUUGCGAGAGAAGAGCCGCGUCGAAGAGGUGGUGACGGACUCGUUUUAA